AUGACUUACGCCCUAUCAGAAUCUCACAAGAAGCUUAUUUCUACUUCAUUGCAGGAGUCUGACCCUGAAGUUGCUGAUAUCAUUAAGGAUGAGAUUGAAAGACAAAAGCACUCCUUAGUUUUGAUUGCAUCAGAAAACUUCACCUCUUCUGCUGUUUUCGGUGCAUUGGGUAGUCCAAUGUGUAACAAAUACUCCGAAGGUUACCCAGGUGCCCGUUACUAUGGUGGUAAUGAGCAUAUUGACCGUAUGGAAUUGCUAUGUCAAAAGAGAGCUUUGGAAGCUUUCCAUCUGUCUUCUGACAAGUGGGGUGUAAACGUGCAAUCCCUAUCUGGUUCUCCAGCCAACUUACAAGUUUACCAAGCUUUAAUGAAGCCUCACGAAAGAUUGAUGGGUCUUUUCUUGCCAGAUGGUGGUCACUUGUCUCAUGGUUACCAAACUGAGAACAGAAAGAUUUCUGCAGUUUCUACAUACUUUGAGUCUUUCCCUUACAGAGUGGACCCAAAGACCGGUAUUAUCGACUAUGAUACUUUGGAGCAAAACGCUAUCUUGUACAGACCUAAGAUUUUGGUUGCCGGUACCUCUGCCUACUGUAGGUUGAUUGACUACAAGAGAAUGAGAGAGAUCGCCGACAAAGUUGGUGCCUACCUAAUGGUCGACAUGGCACACAUCUCUGGUUUGAUUGCUGCUGGUGUUAUCCCAUCUCCAUUUGAAUAUGCUGACAUUGUUACUACCACCACCCACAAAUCUUUGAGAGGUCCAAGAGGUGCUAUGAUCUUCUUCAGAAGAGGCGUAAGAUCUGUCAACCAGAAGACUGGUAAGGAAGUUAUGUACGACUUGGAAGCUCCAAUCAACUUCUCUGUUUUCCCAGGUCAUCAAGGUGGUCCACACAACCACACCAUUUCUGCUUUGGCCGCUGCUUUGAAGCAAGCUGCUACCCCAGAAUUCAAGGAAUACCAGGAGCAAGUUUUGAAGAACGCUAAGGCUUUGGAAGUCGGCUUUAAGAAGUUGGACUACCGUUUAGUUUCUGAUGGUACUGAUUCUCACAUGGUUUUGGUUUCCCUAAGAGAGAAGGGUGUUGACGGUGCCCGUGUCGAAUAUGUCUGUGAUAAGAUCAACAUUGCUUUGAACAAGAACUCAAUCCCAGGUGACAAAUCCGCUUUGGUUCCAGGUGGUAUUCGUAUUGGUGCCCCAGCAAUGACUACUAGGGGAAUGGGCGAAGAAGACUUUGCUCGUAUUGUAACCUACAUUGACAAUGCUGUGCAAGUCGCUCAUAAAGUCCAACAUUCAUUGCCAAAGGAAGCCAACAGAUUGAAGGACUUCAAGGCUGUAAUUGACGCUGGCGUUCCAGAAAUUGAUCAACUAUCGAAGGAAAUUUAUGAAUGGACUGGAAGCUUCCCUCUACCUGUGUAA